GACUGCCAUGGAGUUAUUGAAUCGAAGACCAUAGCACUGUUUCUGUAGUCCAAGGAUCAAGAUCUGCAGCUGCCACGAGCACGUCUUAAUACUUGUGAAGCUGGUGAUUUGAAACAUUGGAACAUGGAGUCCAGUUGUGCUUCCUGUGCCACCAGUGCAUUCUAACCAAAAACUGGAGACAAGAUACCGAAAUAAGACUGCAGAAAAUUUCCACAUCUCCAUGACCCUGCUUGUCAGCAGAAAAUAGCAAAAAGCUAUAGGAAAAGCUCCUCUACCUUCCAAAUAUUAGGCAUCCAACUACUGCAUGAGUUCAGACCAGUGGAGGAAAAGAGCAGCAAAAAUUGAAUUGAAUGAAACCCAAAAGCAAGAAAUUAAAGAGGCCUUUGAUUUAUUUGAUGUUGAUGGGUCUGGAACCAUAGAUGUGAAAGAAUUUAAGAUUGCAAUGCGGGCUUUAGGAUUUGAACCAAAGAAAGAAGAAGUUAAAAAAAUGAUUGCUGAAAUUGACAAAGAAGGAAUUGGCACCAUUAGUUUUGAAGAUUUUUUGGCUGUAAUGACUGUGAAAAUGAGUGAAAAAGAUGAAAAAGAAGAAAUAUUGAAGGCUUUCAAAUUAUUUGAUGAUGACGAUACAGGAAGCAUAACACUGAACAAUAUCAAGAGGGUUGCUAAGGAACUAGGGGAAAACUUAACAGAUGAUGAACUCAAGGAAAUGCUUGAUGAAGCUGAUCGUGAUGGGGAUGGAGAAAUAAAUGAGGAGGAAUUUUUGAGAAUGAUGAAAAAGACCACUCUUUAAUGAUACUAAUUUUAUUUCUUGUUGUGGUUCCUUUUGGAAAAGUGUUAACCAAUUUGUAUUUGUAAUACAGUUCUGUAAUUUAAUAUAUGAAUGUAUUCAUUUUCAAUUUUUAGUUUAUCUGUUCAGAUUGGUCUUUUGAUUUCAGAUACACCUGAUAAAUUUCAUGUUUUUGCCAAUAUGUUGUUAAAUCCACAGCAUCAAGAAACAAAGAAAAUGGAAUGACUUGCUUGAACCAUUAAUCCAAGAAACAUUCUAAUUCCAAUUGCUAUUUUCAAAGCCCCAGGUUCCAAAGACUUAGAAUUUUUUUUUUAAGUUUAAUGAAUUUGGCCCCAUAUCCAAAUAAAUUUGGCAACAAGACACUACUUUCUCUAUUAUUUUUCUGUUGUAUAACUCUAAAAAAAAACCUGAUGAACAUUUGCUUUUUAAUCAGUUAUUCAAGUAUGCAAAGUAUUAAAUAAAACUGGCUGGCAACUGUAUUAUUUGCUAAUAUUCUUCUUGUAGUUAUAAAGAAAGAAAUUCAAAACAGCACUUCUUUCAUGCAGCUUUCCCUAGGACCAAGAGAGGGGGAAGGUUAGCACUUAUACCUCUGCCAGAAAGGUGCUAGGGAUUUUAUGUGUUAUCUCAGGCAACGUAUAACAACCUUGGAAGCUGGUGGUAUUAGCUUCAUCUUAUGUAUGAGAACCCUAAAACAAAGAAAGAUUUAAAGAAUUGUCCAUUUUCCCAUAGGUAAUAAAUAAAGCAUGGAUUCCAAA